UUGAAUUAAGGAAACAAAACGAAGCGUUUAUGGCGGUCUUACUUGAACCAGAAUAAUCGUUGCUUUUCAAUUCCAAUUCCAAUCCAUAAUCUGAGCAGAAAACCGAAGCAGUUCAAAAAAUGGCAUCGAAUUCAAGUCAAAAUCCCACUCCUUCUUGGUUUACGCCCAAAAGGCUUCUUAUAGUAUUUUGUGUCAUUAAUUUGAUAAACUAUGUGGAUCGAGGAGCUAUAGCUAGCAAUGGUGUAAAUGGAAGUCUUGCAACUUGCACUGACUCUGGUAUUUGUACUGCUGGUAGUGGAAUCCAAGGGGAUUUUAACUUGAACAAUUUUCAAGAUGGAGUUCUGUCAUCUGCAUUUAUGGUUGGGCUUCUAAUCGCUUCUCCAAUAUUCGCUUCUCUGGCCAAAAGUCACAAUCCAUUUCGGCUUAUUGGUGUUGGAUUGUCUGUUUGGACAUUUGCGAUAGCUGGAUGUGGUAUUUCGUUUGAUUUUUGGUCUAUUGCAAUAUGCCGAAUGCUAGUUGGUGUAGGUGAGGCUUCCUUCAUAAGUCUGGCAGCACCAUUCAUAGAUGACAAUGCUCCUGUUGCACAGAAAACAGUAUGGCUUGCUACAUUUUACAUGUGUAUACCAGCUGGGACUGCUCUGGGCUAUGUUUAUGGUGGAUUUGUUGGAAGCCAAUAUAACUGGCGUGUUGCAUUUUGGGGCGAGGCAAUUUUAAUGCUUCCUUUUCCGAUUAUGGGUUUUGUAAUAAAGCCUCUGCAGUUGAAAGGUUUUGCUCCAAUGGAAUCCAAACAGACUCUAACAUCCACCGAAACAAAUGUUUCAGAAAAUGGAGAUGAUGACAUGCUUGCUGAAGAUCAAGCCUUUAUCAGUGGAUCCAAGUCAACAUCUAAAUUGUGGAAUCAGUUCACCAGAUUCUCAAAAGAUAUGCAGGAGCUUUUGCAUGACCAAGUGUAUGUUAUAAAUGUUCUAGGGUAUAUAUCAUACAAUUUUGUCAUUGGAGCUUACUCAUACUGGGGGCCGAAGGCAGGAUACAGCAUUUACCACAUGAGUAAUGCUGACUUGUUGUUUGGAGGUAUUACAAUUGUUUGUGGGAUUUUGGGGACGUUAGCUGGAGGCUUGAUUUUAGACAGGAUGACUUCAACAAUCUCUAAUGCUUUCAAGCUUCUUUCUGGAGCAACAUUUCUAGGUGCAAUCUUCUGCUUGAUUGCGUUCAUUUUCAGGAGCUUGUCUGGUUUCAUAGUCCUCUUCAGUAUGGGUGAACUGCUGAUUUUUGCCACACAGGCUCCUGUAAAUUAUGUUUCUCUCCGUUGUGUAAAACCAAGUUUGAGGCCGUUGUCUAUGGCAAUAUCUACUGUUUCCAUCCAUAUCUUUGGGGAUGUGCCUUCCUCACCACUUGUUGGGGUCCUGCAGGAUCAUAUUAACGAUUGGAGGAAAACAGCACUUUGUCUAACAUCCGUUUUCUUUCUUGCUGCUGCAAUAUGGUUCAUGGGGACCUUUUUGAAAAGUGUUGAUCUAUCUAACGAAGGUGAUGAGGACCAAUCUGCCACGACUAGAAAAGGGAAAAUGAAGCCAUUGCUUGAAGGGAGUAGUGAUGCUUUCAAUCAAGACUAAUUUCUCAUGCACUUUUAGUACUAAUAAGAUGCUUACCAUUUGCAUAUGCCAUAAGUGUAUUAUCUUCAAGUCUCCAAUUCUUCCUUGAAGAGGGACAAGUCGGCAGCAUCUUUACUACAGUCAAUCAUAUAGAAAAUGGUGGGUGGCGGCACCGAUGUGGUGCUCUUGCAAAAACAAUGAGGAUACUGUAUAAUAUGUUUGGAGGAAUCUGCUGAUGGCUUCACCUUUUUAUCAGAUCGGAUGGAACGGGGAUGCUGGAUCCACUUAUCAUGAUCAAAUUGUUGUUCCUUGUAAAUUUGUAAUUAUUGUAAUUCUUAAGUCUUGCCAUGAAGAAGAAACUGGUAACGGAUAUUUUAUGCUGUUCCACCAAAUUUUCUGGAAGAUAAGUUGUCAGUAUCAAAAUGUAUAUGAAUAUGUCUUCUCUUUUUUUCCUUGGGCCAUGCGGGAGGACGUUUAUAGUCCAUGAUAUUCUU